GCUCCAGUGUAUAUCCGGUUGUUUUGCAGGUACUGUCCUUAUCAAUGAAAUGAUAUUUUUGUAACGAUUACGUGUACUUAUCCAUUUCUCUUAUGCAUGUGUUAUGGAGAUAGUCCCCAGACGGCAUCGAUUUUAUGCUUUAGUGUUUAUUGUGGUUUUACAAUGCCACGGUGUAAUAUCAGAGUUAAACACGGUAACGAAGAGAAGUAUCCCCGGUCUAAAAUCCCCCAAUAAAGCAUGGUGGGCCAAGGAAAUAACUCCAGAUAUAUAUGUGGCUGGAAGGCUCUCAGAAAGACAAAUAAAAUACGCUGCAGAGGCUGGAUUCAAAAGUAUUCUUUCUUUAUUUCCAUAUGGUGAUAAUGAGGGUUAUGACUUCGGGGGAGAAUAUCUACCCACCUCAAAAGAAGCUGGAACUGUUGCCGAACUCGCUGGGCUAAAGUACACCACUGCACUAGGUCCAUAUGAUGAUUGGUCUCAGCUUGAAUCUGUUCAGAAAGUGAGCAAUGUUUUAUCAACAUUAUCUCCACCUAUACUGGCGCAUUGUGACAGAGGCUAUACCAUAUCUUUUGGUGUUCUUAUGUAUUUGGCUAAUAGAACCAAACUUGAACCAAGGUUUGCACCAAAAGUUGAUUCAAAGAGAUUUUUUGAUAUGACAAAAGUGCUGGGCAUGGAUUUCAAUAUGGACUGUACAAAAGACACAAUGGCAAACAUUACUGGAGAACAUGCCCAAAGUGGAUAUAUACCAAAGCUACAAAAUGAGCCAGAGGAGUGGUAUGACUUCUGGCUUGCUACUCCUGUUUAUAAGAACUGGUAUACUGCAGGUCAGAUUUUGUCAAGCCAUAUUACUGAACUAAAACAAGCUGGUUUCAAAUCUGUGGUGAAUCUGCGAAUGCCACGAGAGACUGUGACACUUCUCAAUGUGAAGGACGAACCUGAAUCACAUGAUCCAGCAUCACGACAAGUUAUUGACUCUCUAAAAGCAAAUGUGAUAGACAAGGAGAAGCCAAACACAUACAUCUCUCCUGACUCUCCUCAGAACUUUGCCACAACUAAUCCAGAGGAGUUUGGUGAUGACAUAGGAUAUAACCAGGGCCUAGAAAGAGAAACAUUCCAAAAACUCCAAUUUCCAUAUUACCAUUUGCCAUUAGAUCCUAAUAUUCCAUUCACAACCCAAUGGUUCGAGACAUACAAAAGUAAACUGUUGGAAGCUGGAAGUAAAGGACCAGUUCUGGUGCACUGUGGCAAUGCUGUUAGAGCAGGUUGUAUAUCUGUUCUGGCAGCAGCUGUCCAGUAUGAGAAGGAUUUAGCCUGGGCCCUCCAAAGACUUGGAGAACUGGGAUUGGAAGUGGGGCCUAAUAACAGGAAAGAUGUCUACUAUAUGUACAAAGCUAUCUUGGACCAGAAAAACAUUAAUAGGACAGGCAAAGAAGAACUGUAAACAGGAUUUAUCAAGCAUAAUGUAUCCAAAAUACAAUUAUUCAAAAUUAAGGGAUUCCUUUUUUAUGUACUAAUCCUGUCAAGUGAGCACAGCAGAUUGUUCAAAACCAAAACAUCAUAUACUAAUGUUGUAUAAGUAGGAUUUCAUGGGCUUAGGCUGAUCACAUGAUGUUUUGUUAGCAGUAAUUGCUAUUAUAUCAAUCUGCAGAAAGAUUAAUGUGCAGAGGGACAAUAUUGUUGUAUGCUAAGUCAAUGUGCAAAACCAUACAUCACUAUUAAAUAUGAAUUUUAAAAAGCAUGAAGCUAAAAUGUAUACAUGUACUAGUACAUGUAUUUCUGUACCUCUGUUGUGUUGAUAUGUGUGUGUGUGUGUGUACUUAAUUACAAUAAUUUAGAUGAGACUUUUUAAAAGUGUCCUUGUAAUAUCCCAGUUGCUUUAUCUCUUUGUGCUUGUCUGUCCAUAUAGCCAUGUCUAUCCAAUGUUCUACGUGGGAUUGACAUUGUGCCAAUAACAUUAUUUAUUUAAACAAUGAAGAGUGGUUUUUCAUCAUUAUUGAGGGUGAAAUGUGACAGAAGCCAGCAUUGUAGGAAUUUUUAAAAAAUGAUACAUAUAACACAGCAUUCUAAAUGUCGUACAAUGUUGGUUGUCUUCUCCUCCAAUAAUGACAAUAAACUACACUUCAUUUUUAUGUUAACAUCAACUGAACUGACCGAAGAAUACAUUUUUUGGUCUAUGAUGCACACAUUUAUAACCAUGUUACGUAAAGUGAGAACACUAAAUGGAACAGAAGAGAUAGGAGGUCACAUGAUUUUUUGAUUGGCAGGAAAGUCCAAAGUUUGUUUCUUUUGGGCUCCUGUAAUAAAAUUUAAAGAUUCACAGUUAGCUCUUUUAUUAAUGUAGAUCUAUUUUUGAAAUAAAAACAAUUAAAAGUCA